AUGUCAUCAUUCAGCCGUGACGCAUUGUCUAUCGUCGAGGAUAUCCUCCCGGACGAAUUCGGUGGAGGAGAUCAUAGUACUCUCGUCGCAGACAGGCCGGAGGGCAUCAUAACAGCCGCCAAUGGUCAGACGAAGCUCUAUGCAGUCAGUCAAUCCGGCAGCCAAAAGAAGGUCAAUAUGAUGUCGCCCGCUCUCCGGCGUGAGUUGAAAAGAUUGGCGCAGAGUGGAGAAGGGUCGACGAUCGUUGUCGAUGGGGUGAAGUACAGGUUUAUUUCGCACAGCGGCGAUAGUGGAACUACCACGCCAGUCUCGAACUUGAGCUGA